AUGUCACAGCCUUCUGUCUAUCGCUUAAGAUGUACAUCUCAAAAUUAUGCUUGGGGAAAAAAAGGAACUGACAGCAAAGUAGCUCAGUACAAAGCUCUAGAUGGCUUAAAUAUCGAGUCUGAUAAACCUUAUUCUGAGCUUUGGAUGGGUACGCACCCUAAUGGUCCUAGUGCUUUGGCAACUCAACCGACGACUUUCCUUAAAGAUGUGAUAAAAUCUAAGCCUGAACUUAUCACUCCAGAAUUGGCUAAAAUUUACGAGGGUGAUUUGCCAUUCUUAUUUAAAGUAUUGUCUGUAGGCAAAGCACUUUCUAUCCAAGCUCACCCUGACAAGAAACUUGGUAAAGAACUAUUUGAAAAAUAUCCAAAUAUAUAUAAAGACCCUAAUCAUAAGCCUGAAAUGGCUGUAGCAAUUACAGAGUUUGAAACAUUAUGUGGCUUUCGUCCGUUAGAGGAAAUCAUAGUUUUUCUUUCCGAAUAUCCAGAAUUUCGGGAUCUUGUCGGCAAUAAUGUCGCAUCAAGUUUCGUUCAAACUGUUAGUGGUAGGGAGUGUUCAAAAAUUGUUGAAGAAGUCGAGUCAAACAAGGCUGUCCUUCGACAAUUAUUUACUUCAUUGAUGACAGCAGAUCCAAAUAAUGUUACGACUUGUGUAAAAUCAUUAAUUUCUCGAUUGCAGCCAAAUGAUAAUCCUAUAGGAAGCACACAAGAACUUUUAGUUCGGUUGAACGAGCAAUUUCCGGGAGACAUAGGAAUCUUUUGUGUAUUGAUGUUAAACUAUGUAAAAUUAGAACCAGGUCAGGCUAUGUUUUUAGGUGCGAAUGAACCCCAUGCUUAUUUAUUUGGAGAUUGUGUUGAGUGUAUGGCAGCAAGUGAUAAUGUGGUUCGUGCUGGAUUAACACCAAAAUAUAAAGAUGUUCCCGUACUUGUGAACAUGUUAACUUAUCGAUAUGGAAGUGCAAAAUCUCAACUUCUUACUCCAAUUCCAUAUAAUAAUUCACCUAGUUCUUUGUUAUAUGAUCCGCCUAUUGAAGAGUUCUCUGUAAUAUUAACAAAUUUGAAUACACAAUAUCGAAAAGAGGUUUUUAUUGGUAUUGCUGGUCCUAGUAUUAUUAUUGUCACCGAGGGGAAGGGUGUUUUAUUGUUUGAAAACAAAUCUGAGGUUUUAGAACCUGGUAGCAUUUUUUUUGUUGGUGCGAAUGUAUCAAUUACUGUAGAGUCGGCUGAAGACUGCGAUAAGCUUAUUUUAUAUCGCGCAUUUUGUGUCUUGAAGUAG